GGGCCCUGACACCUGUUUCUCUGCUGGGGGCAGUCCAAGGGUCGCGGCCGGGGAAAAACGUGCAGCUGACGGAGAACGAGAUCCGGGGCCUGUGUCUCAAGUCGCGGGAGAUCUUCCUGAGCCAGCCCAUCCUGCUGGAGCUGGAGGCACCCCUCAAGAUCUGCGGUGACAUCCACGGGCAGUACUACGACCUGCUAAGGCUCUUUGAGUACGGAGGCUUCCCCCCUGAGAGCAACUACCUGUUUCUGGGCGACUACGUGGACCGCGGCAAGCAGUCGCUGGAGACCAUCUGCCUGCUGCUCGCCUACAAGAUCAAGUACCCCGAGAACUUCUUCCUGCUGCGUGGCAACCACGAGUGCGCCAGCAUCAACCGCAUCUAUGGCUUCUACGAUGAGUGCAAGCGGCGGUACAACAUCAAGCUCUGGAAGACAUUCACUGACUGUUUCAACUGUUUGCCCAUCGCCGCUAUCGUGGAUGAGAAGAUCUUCUGCUGCCAUGGAGGGCUGUCUCCCGACCUGCAGUCAAUGGAGCAGAUCCGGCGGAUCAUGCGCCCCACGGAUGUGCCGGAUCAGGGCCUGCUCUGUGACCUGCUCUGGUCCGACCCCGACAAGGACGUGCAGGGCUGGGGGGAGAACGAUCGCGGCGUCUCCUUCACCUUCGGGGCGGAGGUGGUGGCAAAGUUCCUGCACAAGCACGACCUGGACCUCAUCUGCCGGGCGCACCAGGUGGUGGAGGAUGGCUACGAGUUCUUUGCCAAGCGCCAGCUCGUCACCCUCUUCUCGGCACCCAACUACUGUGGGGAGUUUGACAACGCGGGCGCCAUGAUGAGCGUGGACGAAACACUGAUGUGUUCCUUUCAG